AUGGUGCCGCUGCAGAACCCCGCAGUCUCGGGCCUUUCGACCGUUCCCGCCUCUACCGCGAGCAGCUCCUCGCUCAACACCGCCGCAGCAGCACCCAUCACGCAGACGCUCAGCUACCUACCUUACUUCACCGCAGGCCAGCUCGAGUCGCUGUACGCCAAGCAGCGCGGAAACAAGCUCGCAGAGUCGAAAUGGCACUCUAACCGCAACAUCGCAACCGGCUUCAUCCAGGCCGUCGCCUCCAGGCUCGGGUUCCCCCAGCGCACUACGGCCACGGCGCAGCUCACCUACCAGCGCUUCCACCUCUUCUACCCGCCCAGCGACUUUGUCCUCCACGAGGUGGCGCUGGCCUCGCUCGUCCUGGCCGCCAAGCUCAACGACACGCCGAAAAAGGCUCGCGAUAUUCUGCUGGCCAGCUACGCCUUCCGCUUCCCCGAGCUCGUAAAGGGCGACGACGACCCAGCAGCCGGCCCCAGCAGCGGCGCAUCGCUCUCCGCGGCCGCCGCUGUGGCCGGCACCAAGCGCAAGGCGCCGCCUUCGUCCCGUUCCGCCGACCCCGCAUCGGCGCUGGCCUCGACCAGCGCCAUCGGCACCGUCUCUGAGACCGACAUUGAUCCCGCCGUUCUCGAGACGGAUCGCAAGCGCAUCAUGGCGCUCGAAAAGCUGCUCCUCGAGAGCAUCUGCUUCAACUUCCAGCUGUGCGCACCCUCGACGCUUGCCCUCGUCGUCAAGCUCUGCCGACGCUGGUCGCUGCCCAGGUGCCUGGCCAGGACCGCGUGGAGGGUGGCCGCCGACCUCUUCCGCACACCUGCACCGCUCCAGCACCCGCCCCACGUCAUCGCCAGCGCCAGCGUGUAUGCAGCUGCCCUGCUCGCGGUGCCUCCAUCGUCGCCGGCGCAGCCGUCACCUGCACAUCCACCCGCCCAGAAUGGGGUCAGCCAGGAUCCUCGAGUGAUACCCGACAAGGCCCAGUCGCUCGAGGAGGCGGCUCGCGGCGUCGUGCAGCGUUUCAGCCGAGCCGCUUGGCCCCCCGUUGAGAGUGCGACAGCGACGGCGAGCACAGAAGAGACCGCUGCACCGCGUACGACAGAGCACAGCAGCUUGGAGAGGGAGCUCAAAUGCCAUGUCGAGGAUGUCGAAGAGGCGAUCCAUGACCUACUGGACCUCUACCUCCAACAGACCAGCCUGCUUCCGUCUUCGCUGUUUGCGCCGUCUCGGAAUCCCGCCCCUUCAGCCUCGUCAGCCACACCUUCGCCGCAGUCGCCUGCCGACCACCUGAGCGACCUGCUGAGCUCCUCGCCAUCCUCGCCGUCCGACCUGACCGCAUCCCUGGCAGCUGGCGGCGGCGGUCCUGGCGGUGCGGCAGGCCGCGGCGGGCGCAAGAAGCUGCGGCAGCACGAGUUUUCGCCGCCCCCACUCGCCCUCCUCGACUGGCUCAACACGUACCGAUACAAGAUGAUCCGGUCCAAGGCGUCCAGGGCGGCGGCAGCAGCAGCAGCAGCAGCAGCAGCAGGAACGACGACGACGAAGCAGGCCAGCAGCGGCGGCGGCAGCAGCGGUGGCGGCGGCGGUGGGCCACAGACGCAGGCGGCCGCCAAGCAGGCACCUCCGGCUUCGGCCACGAGCAAGAUGACGAGCGUGCUGACCGACCUCAAGAUCUACCUGCGCCAGAUUGAGUACGACCGGCAAAAGGCCGACGACGCCUACCUCUUGUCGCGCGGCUACGCAGCAGAGACCGUUUACCCGCCUUUGGCGCCGCCAGUUGCACCCUCCGGCACCACCGCCACCACCACCAUGGGCGGCCCCGUCGCUGCGCCAAGUUCCGGCUACGGGGGAUCCACGAGUGCCGGUAGCGCCGUACCAGUGCAGGCCGAUGCGACGCCGCCCUUCUUGCAGGUCGUACUCAGACGAGUCGGCGAUGCCACGGCCAACGCCGCCGCCGCCGCCGGAACCAGAUUGGACGACGGGCAAGAGGCGACAGCGACGUCGACGGCGACGGCGACGAGAUGGAUGGAGAGGAUCAAAAGGAGGAAGUACGUCGCUACCAACCGCAUCUUGCCGCUCCCUGUCGCCGCUGGAAGCGUGGUCCAGCCUCCGCCGCCACAGCAGCUGCAGCUGCAGCAGCAGCAGGCGGUCACUCCGGUCGUGGAAGGUCUUAUCACCCAGGCCACGCGCUACCUCUUCUAG